AUAUAGGUACCGUCGCGUCGCUUGAUAGAAUAAAUUUCAUUUGCCCUUAAAAAUAAAUAAAAAUCACGCAUUUGGAAAGACGAAAAACCCAGUAAUUUGUUUUGGCGUGUGUACAGAUAGUAGGUAAAUUGUGACAUUUUUAUCUCCUAUGCUAUCAAACUUAUAAUAGUCAAAUUAUUUGGUUUAUAUGUUCACAAAUUACCAUGAAGUCCUUAGCAAUAAUGCUAUUGUUGUGUGGCAAUUUGAAAAUUGCUCUGAGCGAAACGGUACCAGCUGCAGAUCCUAAUAAUGUUAAAUUUAGAAAAUGUGUAGAUUUUACUGCUGAAGGUGGGGCCAACUCAUGGAAAGAGGAUUUAAGAACAUUUCUUUAUCCAGAAAAGGAGGCCUUUGAUUUAGGUACAAAAGAAGACAACGAAAAGUUUCGUAUGAUGUCUUCAGCUGUAGUCGAUAAAUUAAAUAGUUUACAGGAAUAUGAAAACACUUUAAAAAAUGUGUCCGAUAAAUUAAAUAGUUUAAAGGAAUAUGAAAACACUUUAAAAAAUACGUUAGUAAGCAGUUUAAAGGAAUACGAAAACACUUUCAAAAAUACGUUAUUAAACAGUUUACAGGAAUACGAAAACACUUUAAAACCUGUGUUCGAUAAAUUAAAUAUUUCAGAGGAAUAUGAAAACACAAAACAUACAUUCGAUAAAUUAAAUAUUGUACAAAAAAAUGUGUUCGAUAAGUGCAAAUAUCUGGUUGGUAAAAGUCAAAUACCUUUUUGUGGCUUAAAUCCAGAACAACCAUUUUCCGAAGCUGAAGAUGCUUAUCCACGUAGUUGCAAAGAAAUUUUGAAAAGCGGUAAAAAUAAGUCAGACGUGUACAUAAUAAAACCUAAAAGAAGUAUCAAGCCUUUUGCUGUUUUGUGCGAUAUGGAAACCAAAGGAGGUGGCUGGACUCAUAUUCAGAAAAGGUUUGAUGGAUCUCAAGAUUUUUACCUACCUUGGAGAGACUAUAAAUUCGGUUUUGGUGAUCUUAGGGGUGAAUUUUGGAUUGGAUUGGAAAAUAUUUACCACAUGACAGAUUUCCAAUUCCAAUCAAGCGAACUCCUCGUAGAAUUAACUGAUACAGACCAAAAGAACUACUACGCCCAAUAUACAUCGUUCUCAAUAGGCAACGAAAAAGAUGGCUACAUAUUAAAUAAACUUGGAAACUAUUCAGGUUUGGAUGGGGAGGAUAAUCUAAACUAUCAUCUCAAUGCAAAAUUUUCAACCCUGGAUGUGGAUCAGGAUAGCAGCAGCGACAAUUGUGCACAAAAGUUUGAUGGCGCUUGGUGGUACGUGGAUUGUCAUCGUAGCAAUUUAAAUGGGAAAUUUAUGACUGUAGUUCUUCCUAAAACAUAUCGUUUGAAGGGACUACGCUGGGGUGAAUUAGAGAAUGGAGGUAAUUUAGCAGGGUCAAGAAUGAUGAUUCGGUAAAUUGGAGAAUAGAAGAAUUUUUCCUGAACAUGCAAUUAAUAAAUAAUAUUUUUCUUAAUAUUAAAUUAUAUAAAAUAUUUACUACUAAAUUAAAUAAUAUUCUGUUAUUACAAAAAUAUUUUUAAUAAGAAUUUAAUUAUUUGAAAUUAAAA